AUGGAGUGGACCGGCGAAGAGGAGUGGGGACGCUUUGCUGUUAAGCAGACACUAGUGCAUGCGACUCUCAGUAUUAUUAAGAUAAGCUGGAAGCGUAAUGCGCACUCUCACGCAAAGGGAAGGCCUCUGGGUACCGUAUACGCAGUCGCACAGUACAUGGAUGCGCAUGGUAGCAGGGUAGCAGGGUAUGAACCCUCUAUUGCAACUAUGGGACCCACAUGCAGUGGCAGAGCCACUCCUAGGCCUGGAGUGGCCCUGGCCCCCCCUUAG